GUAGAGCAGUUGAUGGACGAUGUGGUGGCUGAUAAAUCUUUUCCCGGAUAAACCCCUAUCUCUCUCUUCAUCACAAAAGUCCCGCCGCCUCUCUUCGGCCUCUCAGCCCAAACGCACAGAACCGCCCACCAGCUUCGGCCCUCUCGCCGCCGCCGCCGCCGCCGCCCAUCUCCGCCGUCGUCUUCGUCUUCUUCAGCAUAUCGCCUGACCUCUCACACCCACCAUCGUAGCCGCUUCGCAAACCUCAUCACACAAGUCCGCGCACGCACCCAGGUACGAGGAUGUCCAGGAAAGGAGCUCCGCUCCAGAAGGACGUGCCCUGGCGGGCGUCCUCCGGCAGGCCCAUCCCCAAGAUCCACCACAACCCUGUCCUCCGCGUCUCGCAGACGCCGCACUCCAGUUACGCCAUCUCCGUCAUGAAGCAUCCUGAUCCGAUCGGGAGUGGGUUGGCGAUUGGAGCGGUGGUUGAAGCUGCGGGGCCGGAUUGUAUCGUGCCUGGUCAAAUUCCGCCUGUGAAAUUACUCGGUGUCAAGGUCUGGCCAAUUAAUGUUGACCUGAAGUUUAUGGAACCUGUUGAAAGGGAAUUGAAAUCGCUUGGGAAGUUCAUGGAUUCGGCUGUUAACCUCAUGAACAAGUCGUUCAUAGAUCGUUAAGUGCUUCAGACUCUCUUAUUUAGUUUAAAAACAAGCAUGGGAUUGCAAAUUAACCCUUUUCUUGUUGCGACAGAAUCGUAGCCAAGUAGAGUGGACUAUGAAGAGGAUUUUGCUUUUGCUCGUUCUUGUGGACGGACCAUUUUGGUUGACACCUGAGCUGGUCACUUGGGUAGAUAUCUUGGUUGUGGAAAUAAUGUAUUACAUAGUAUCGCGUUUACAGUUACACAUUUGUAAGUCAUAUCAAGUGUAGGCCCGAUCUUUCUCGAUCUUUCUCCAAUUAAACCAGAGUUGUCUCCUAGAUACGAGUGGGUAAUAGAUAUACCGUUGUCAAGUUUUUGCA